AUGCAGGACGAGGUCGAGUUGCAGGCACCACGACCGUUUCCGCACCAGGGGUCGUUCUGGACCACGUACUGGUCCACUCCGGAGAAGACGAACCUGCUCGCGAGCGAAGUCACGCCGCGAGCGGAUGAGGAGCGCUGCGUCUACUGUCGCGACAACGACAUCGACGUGUGCUGGCAGAUCCGCGGCGGGGUCGUCUGCCUCGAGUGCAAGUUCGCCAAGCGUCGGUGUGCCGAUUGUUAUGGCCGUCGCCCACGUGAGUAUGCUUCGUGCCAUGACUCGCUUGUGCCCUUGGUGUUCCCAUUCUUGUGCUUUGCCGGCCUCGAGCGCGCCCGCGUUCCCUGUUCCCCAUAUCCUGAUUCCCCCUCGCUCCCACUGCGGGCGGGCGGCAUCGAGCUCGACCUCUAAAUCCUCGGCGUGCGCGCGCGCUCUCAAAAGACACGCCCGGGCCUCCUUUCGCGCGCGCCGCGCGCCGCCCAUGCAGACCGCUCUCUUUGUUCCAGCCGAACGAGGCUGACAUAUAUUUCUCUGCCUUCAUUGCUGCCAACAGAUGCGAACGACGCCGACCAGUGGUUCACUUCCGAGCUCGACUACCUGCGCGUCGCCGAGAACCCCCACAAGCUCGUGAAGGACAUUCUCGACAAGCUACCCCCGGCCGAGCGCGAACGAGCCAAGGACGAGUUCAACCAGUUCCCUCGCUAUGCAAGGAAACAGGGUGACCACGACGCUGCGAAAAACGGUUCGAACACGCCUGCGGUCCAUAGCACCCCCGUCAAACGAGCGGCGACCCCCACCUUGACUGCGACGACGCCCCAUUUAACCGCCUCGACCUCGACCUCGACCUCGACCAAGCCUGCUGUCGCAUCAGUGGCCAAGGCAAAGGAUCGAGACGUCGGUCCCCAAGGCUUCAAACGUAGUACGAAUGGCAACGGUAUCAAGAGGUCGACGACCCCCGAGGGCUCGCCUCCUCCCUACGACCCUCGCAAAAUGGGUCUCAUCGUCAACGCCGACCGACCUUCGGCCGCCAAGAAGCGGCGCGUCGCCCCGCCUCCGAUCCAAGUCCCGAGCGCACCGGUUCGCUCGACGACACCGGAAGGUACACCUCCACCAUGGCCUCCCGCAGGCUGGAUUCCCCGCAUCAAACGGUCGACGACUCCACCUGGCUCGCCGCCGGCUCAUUGGCCCUGGCCGAGCGUCAUCGCGACCCGUCGCAUCAAUUACAACAUCCCCGCUUCGAGCAAAGCUCGCGUCAUCCGCGCCCAACGGUUCUGCGAAAAAAUGCGCGACGUGCUCGACAAGGUCGACAAGGAGCCCAACACGGACACCGACAGUCUGCUCACCGCUAUCGGGCGUCUGGGCAUCGGCUUCGGCUUUGGGUACCAUGAGACGUUCAAGAAGGGUGGGGUGCUCGACGAAUGGUGGAACGGGGAACAGCCCGACUCGCCGCAUCGUCUCAUCUACGCUCGCAUCAACCCCGAGAACUCUCGCGACAUUGGCAUCGCUGCACCCCGCAAGUUCAACCUUACAAGAGCGGUCUCCGAGGUCAAGGCCCCGAGAAAACGUAAAUCCUCGGCGGCCAAAGCUGCCGCCGGCUCGUCUGCCCCGGUUGGCGUUCCGGCCUCUACGACCCCGCCCGGAUCCCCAACCUUGAUCCCUCUUCCUGUGUAUACCCCCUUCAUUCUCAGCUCUGCCCUCGCCUCCUCCGCUUCCAGUACCCCGACGCCCGAUGAGAGCAAGGUCGCCGCCGCCGCCAAACCGGCCGUCAACGGGAAUGCAGCUGUCAGUGUCAUCGUCCCCUCGAAACGCAAGGCUUCGGCCAGUGGUGGCAAGACUCAACCGCUGCAUACAUCGGGUACGAAUGGGAAACCCAUGGCUCCUGCCGCGGCCAAGAUCGCUUCGGUCAUCAAGAACAUCCCCGCCGCGUCGACCUCGAAAUUCGCAGCGCCUCAUCAGAUCUUGGCGGCCAGCAAGAGGGCGACCAAGAAGACGACCCCGACGGCAAAGCAUAGCACACAGCUCGCUGCUGGCGAACAUACGCCCGCUCGUACGGCUACCUCGAAGCUGGCGGCCUCAACCGGUGGUAACUCGGACAUAUCGACCCCGAUUCCAGCGGCGCCUGCUGAAGUUGCAACACCGGCCUCCGUGCCCGCCGCUAGCCCUGCGCCUACACCUGUAUCGACAUCAGCCCCCAGACCAGCACCUCCUCCAGAAUCGUCCUUUUCGUUCGCCGCCGCUCCUCCAAAAGGCUCACUCAAGCUCGGUACCUCGACCAAUUCGGCCCUCGCGGCGGCUUCCUCCGUCACGAGAGGUACUCCGACAUCGGCACACAAAAGUGCCAGGCGAAUCUGA